AUUUAAUUAAUUUCUAUGUAAUAAACGGUAUCUUCGGUAAAAAAUGUCAGAUGUUAGACAAAGCGGUGACGAUAUUAAUAAUGAAAAUAAACGAACGCCUUUGAAAGCAGGCGUGGAGAAAGCAUUGCAAAUUAAUCAACAAAUGCAAAAUGAAUUAUUUGAAUUACGAAAUAAACUCCAAACGAUGUUAAAUAAUAUACGAGAAACCUUUAAUGUAAACGAAGAGCUAUUAAAGAAUAAAAUGAAACGCAAUCGUAACGGUAUAGGAAUCCGGGGAGCUUACUUAAGAGGUGGCACAUUCUAUCUGAAGGGCAAUAUGUUCUUUAAAGAUUUAAAUUGUAGAAAUUGUCCCAAUAAUAAAGACUACGAACGUAGACAAAAGGAAGAUAAUGAAUUAUUUCCAAUGGAUUUGGAAUUAUGUGGCCGUCAUGUUUGGUCACUAAAAGAUAAACAAGAAAUUGUACUUGCUGUUAAGGAGCACGUUGUAGAAUAUUUGCGAGAUACGGAUAAUGUGGAAAUUAAAAAGUACUGCUCAUUGCAAGCAGCAAAAAACGAAAAAUUAGUGAAGUUACUUUCGUACACCGGCGAAGACUUUCACAUAGACUGGCAGCAGAUAUCGACAUAUAAUUUGAGGCGACGUCAUUCUCCAAACAGCUGUGAAGCUAUAUGGAAUGUGUACCUUCAUCCCAAAUUUAAAAGGACUUACUGGUCCCCGGAAGAAAAUAAAAAACUCUUAGAAGUAUCGAAAAAAUAUAAUUUUCAAAAUUGGCCCGCUAUUGCAGCUGAGUUGGGUAAACGUUCCGAUUUUCAGUGCUUUGUUCAGUAUCAAAAUAGCGUUUGCUAUAUGCUGCCCGAACGUUGGAGUAAAUGGUCUAAAGAGGACGACAAACGUCUUAUUGAAGUUGUUAGUAGAUACUCCUUUAACGGCGUUGUUAAUUGGAAUAAUGUCAUGGCUCAUUUUCCGCAUAAGCCGAAGACUACAAUACAAGCUCGUUAUUCUUACACAUUAAAUCCACUCAUUAGUCACGCUCCUUUCACACCCGAAGAAGAUUUAUUACUGUUGGCAGCCGUUAAAGAAUAUGGAGCGAAAUUUUCUUGCUUUCCUAAGACGUUAUUUCCGAAUCGAACAGUUGUUCAACUGCGUUCGCGUUAUCAGAAUACAAUACUGCAUCGCCAUAAGCACAGCUCAUGGUCUGUAGAUGACGAUCAGAAACUAAUGAAUUUUAUAGCUGAAAAUGGUACUUCAUCGUGGGUGAAGUGUGCGGAGUUUUUAGGCAAUCACACCCGCACUAGUUGUCGAACUCGGUUUUUAACUAUACAAACUUUUUUGAAAAAGAAUCCUCAAGCGGUGUUGGAAGAUAUACCAAGAAAGAAGCAGUAUACGCCGGCACAUAACAUCAACGCAGAAAAUUGGACUGAGAAAUUAGCUGAAUUAAAUAGAGAUCCAAACGCUAUACACGAUCGUAAUAAACGGCGCAUUCGCGCAAGAAGGCUCAAAGAGCCAGACCAACCAGAAAAACAAACGGUAAAAUCGCUCAAUAAAGGCAGACGAAAAAUAAGCAAUCAGAGAAAUCGUAGCACAUCAGGAAAUGAAAAAAAUCUGAUAAAUCGUGACACAUCCAUUAUAAGUUUCGAAGAAAAUUCACGUAAACAAAGUAGAAAAAAUCCAGUUUAUAAAGAGCGAUUGCGAGCGGUUGGCUUAAAGAUGUAUAACUUUUUUAAAUAUUCCUACAACUUCAGACUGGGUGAGGAUGUAUGCCGAACGUUGCCACAUGAUGUCCAUUCAAUGUAUACGCUUUCAUCUGUUCUGGCCUUCAAUCUAAAUAGCAAUUGUACAUUUGGUUCUAACGUGCCUAACAGUUUAGUAAGGCAAUAUCGCCCUUAUUUGGAGCAAGGCAUACCAAAUGACAUGCAAAUCAUUACUAGCCCGCUGCCAUGCAACUGGUCUUCUGCUGUGGCGUUUAGAACUUUAUGUGUGCUAACGUCACAAGCUGAUGAAAACGUAGUUUUACCUACGACGGAUUUAGUUAAUAAUAACCCUAGUAUCAUGAUAUUUCGCCAGAGACUACGUACCCUUCUAUAUACAACUGCUCUGCUAAGUCGUCUUCACCCAUCUCUUGUAGGUAUUAGUACUACCGAAAACCGUCAUGAAGUUAAAAACGAAAAUCUUGGGAUACCUACGAAGAAUUCCAAAUUAAUUAUUGAAAGACCGUGUCAUAAAAGAAAAAAAAUUGAUAGUGGGCCUCAAAGCAAAAGAUUUUGCAGUGAAGCGACAGCUUGUGAUAUUAAAACCGAAAUUGAAACAUAGAAUUUAAUCUGCGAAAGUAUUUAAUAAAGUGAGAUUUCCUCGAAAUAACUAAAAAAAGGUUUCGUUGACAUGAGGGUUUAUGGGGACCCUACAAUCUUGAUUCGAAAACUAUGCAAUUUUUCCCUUUAUAAAGAAAGCUGUGAAAUUUGUUCGUUUUGUUAAAAUGUUUGCACCAUCUCGAACUUUCAAAGACCCUUAUAAAGUAUAUACAUUUGGGUAGUAUCAAAUUAUAAAUCGAUCUGCGGUUUGUGCAACGGCAAUGUAUUAAAAACCAACUAUAAAUAAUUUGACAUAGAAAUUAACUGCAUCAAUUAUUCGUUUAUUUUUCGAAUCUCUCAUGAUACUCAUGAUAACUGAGCCUUUACUAAUUUAUGACAGAUUUACUUAUUUUAUUAAUUUAUUUAUUUACACAUGAAAAUCAACUAAAGUAAAUUAACAGCCAAAUGUUACACUAAUUAUUAUUAAAAACUGGUAUAAACCGUAUAAGGAGAAGUAAAGAAACACAGUAAGAAUAAUUCAUGCAUAAAUAAAUAAAGAAAAAAAAAAGGACGUGCACAAUUAGUACAGAGGCAUACCCAAAACCAGUGCAGAACCAAUUUGUGCAAGUGAGUCCCUAAGCCAUUUCAAAUGUGCAAAAGCUUGGCAACCGAUAACAUCAAACAACACCAAUUAAUAUUGGAAUCAUAAUAAGAUGUCAAGAUUGCAAGUUAGUUUAAAUACGACAUGGGCAAAACGCUCAUAUUAAGCAUAGUUAUUUUGAUAGACUUCAAAGCGUCCGAUAAUGAGAUUAAGUGAUAGACAUCGUGUAGGUUUCCGCAAACAACUUUGAACGUAAGAAACAGCUGGUAAUUAUAUUAACAUUGACUAAGCUUAAUGAAAAUAAAAUGCCUAGAGAAACGAUUAGAGACAUUAAAGUUGAUCUCGCAAAGUAAUGUGGCCGAGUCGAUAAUACAAUUGAUUAACUUAAUUAAGAAGGAAACACCAAGAAUAAAUUGACGGUAAGGAUAACAGGAGCAACCUAAUUUUCAUAAGGAGGCAGAGCGAUAAGCAAGUCCUAACCCAAACUCCUAACGGCAAACGGCAAGAAUUGCUUCUGAACUGAUUCAAUUGUAGCUAUGUAACACCUGUAAGAAAAAGAGCACAUAACAGUCCCAAUACUCUAGCUAGCACAUGCGUAGUCUUUUUGUUUUGUAAGGGUCCUUAAGCUAUUCGGACCAGCUCUUGAUGAAACCUAGUGCGAAUUAAAACGUAAUCUUUGGGCGAAUAAAACAGCUAAAUCGAUGAGCGAAUCUACGUUUUCCAACUAGUGUGAAUCAAUGAAGUAUUGGAUGACUUCGUCCUUGAGAGAGAAAACUUCUUAAAUUUUUUUGGAUUUAAUUUUAUAAAAUU